AUGGCCCUUGAGAAGCUGCUCAACUUCCGCGAUGUCUCGUCAUUACUGCCCCAGUCGUCGUCGUCGGUCAUAAAGCCCGGCAAGCUGUACCGCAGCGCGCGGCCCGACGAAGCCACCCCCGCCGACCGCCUCGUCCUCGCCUCCACCCUGCGCAGCAUCAUCGACCUGCGCACGCCCACCGAGCACGACCAGCAAGCCGCCAAGCACCGGGCGCAGGGGCUGCCCGCGCCGUCGCCCAUCCCCCGCCUCAGCUACCACGCCAUCAACUUCAACGGGCCCGCCUUCUCCGCCCUCAUGGUCUCGCGCCUCUCCUGGCCCGUCUACCUGCGCGUCGCCCUCCUCAUGGCCACCGGCUACCGCACCGCCGCCAUCCGCCUCGUCGCCCGCGACGCCAUGGAGCCCCGCGGCGUCGUCGGCCUGCUGCUCGACUCGCUGCGCGUCUGCGGCGCCGAGAUCGCUACCGCCUUCAACGCCGUCCUCGCCCGCCCCGACGCUUACCCCGUCCUCGUGCACUGCACCCAGGGCAAGGACCGCACCGGCUUGAUCGUCAUGCUCACCCUGUUCUUGCUUGGCGCCGACGAGGAGGCCGUGCAGACGGACUACAUGGCCAGCGGCCCCGCGCUGGAGCCCGAGCGGGAUGCCCGCGUGCAGGAGAUUGCCGAGAUUGGCCUUGGCGACGAGUGGGCGGACGUGGCGCCGGGGCUGGUGCAUGCCGUGAAGGAGUGGUUGGAUGCCGAGUUUGGGGGCGUGGAGGGGUAUUUGGAGAGUAUUGGCGUGGAGAGGGCAACGCAAGAACGCGUCAAACAGAUCUUGAGCGCGCGUGGACGCAACUAG